UUGAUUUUAUAUGAGUAAACAUGAAGUAAGAAUAUAAGUUGUAGUAAACCUUGUAACUGAACUUGUUGUUAGCAACUAUACAAUUACGGGUGUGACUACGCUAUAGUGUUUCAUAUAUGGGCUUAGGUACAAACUGCGAUUUUACAAGUCAUCAGUUAAUUUGAACUUUUUUUUUCUUCAACCAUAGAAAGCACGUGGAGUUGUAGCAUAUGUUAAUGCAGGGUUACAGGAUUUUGUUUGAAAUUCUGCAAGACAAAAUAGAGUAUUUUUAGUUAUUUCAGAUAAAACAAUCUCGACAAAACAUUUCAGAAAUGUACACACAACUCGUCUGCAAUAUUGGAGCCAAGUUGAUGUCUUGAAAAGUUUUGACACUAUCCAAUACAACUGUGUUAGUUUCAAGCGAUUUCAGACAAAAAUCUGAGCAAAAUGUCACACUACUUGCUUUCAUAACUGGAGUACACGUAGAGGGUUGUGUUCGGGGUCAAAGCUGUGCAUUUUAAACAACCUUCGAAAAAAAAUAAUGAGGAAAUAAGGUUAAAAAGUUUGCACUAGUCGCCUGCAUAAUUGGUAUACAAGUAAAGAUGGGAUUUCAAGGGUCCUCCCCAAGAGUACUUUGAUGUUAUAAAUGACAAAAUGGUGCAAUUUAAGACAUCUCUGAUAAAGAAUUUGAGAGAAUCAGGUUGAAAUGUACACAUUUCCCGGCUGCAUAGCUAGAGUAGAAAUAGAGAUGGGGUCCAGGGUCCUCCCCGCGAAAUUUUAAAAUUGAUAGAAGAUAAAUGGGACAUUUACACCAUCUCUGACAAAAAUCCUUAGAAAAUCAGGUUAAAGUGUACGCAUACGACUACUCGUCUGUGUAAUUUGAGUAAAAGUAGAAGUGGGGUUCGGGACCCUCUUAGAGAAAUGUGGAAAAUUCAAUGAAGAGAACAAGUAGUGGGCUCAGAAGUUCUUAAGUUCCACAAGAAAAUGGUACGUUUUUAAAGCCAGAUUAUGAAAUUGUUAGUAAAACUUUGUGUGAUUCACAAGCAAAAGUACAAAAUUGAAUGCUUAUAUGAGAAAUGAUUGGAGGGAAAUGUGUGACUAUGUUUAGGAGUUACCGUUGACUGUACAAUCGCACAAGAACCAAAACUCAAUAUCUCUUUCGUAAGCCAGUGUAAAAAAGUCAAGACGAGAUAUCAUUUUCAUCAGUAUGUAUAUAUGACUCGGGCAUUUCUUGAUUGGACACAUCAAAAAUCCUAAAAUGGACAAAGAAAUAUUUACAUCUACGAAGAGGAUUUAAAUAAACCAUUUACAAAAAUACCUGAGUAUAUAGACAAAUCAGUCAGACAUUUUCAGCAACGGGUCAGUUUUAUGCAAAUAAAGAAUGUCCGACAAAUAUUAUCGACUGAUAACGUUUGUGGUGAACAUCUGUCCUAGACCAUUACGUGAACUUUUCAUAGCUAAAGCGAGGGCUGACACAAAACAUGCUUACACAAGUUUAGAGGAUUACCUGCUUUUUCGGAAACCAGACAUUGAUGAAUUACGUAGACGCGUCAAGAUCAGUCUAGAUCAGUUUGCCAAUAUUUACCCAGCAGACGGAUCCGUGGAUAUUCAAACAUGGGACAUAACUCUACUAGCAGUCUUGCUGACACAGUUAUUUUCAAAUCAGUUAAAACAAAAUGAAAGGGACCGUCUGUAUGAAAUUACUGAUAUAAGAAACAACUUGCAACACAUUGCAAGCACUGACAUAAUUGAUGAUCAGAAGUUCAAUACUGCCUGGUGUGGUCUUGAAGAUGCUGUACUAGAGUUGUCAAAGAGUACCGGAGUACCUUCCUUAAACAAUAUCGAAGAAGAUAUAAAGUCGGCAUUCACUGAAGGCAUGCCAAAUCUUGUGGAAGUAAUUCGAACAUGGAAAACAUGGAACAAUAUGUUGUGUAUGCAGCUACAGCUUCAAAAUUCUGUACUUACAAACGAAAUUAAGACCCUCAAAGAAGAAUCAAGAAAAUCAAAUAAAAUAUUAACAAAAGCCUCUGUGAAAAGAAAAGGACGCUCGGGGAUAGCAGAAAAAAGAAUGAAAAUUGUUGACACCAAAGUUGAAAGGAUGAAAGAAAAACUUGCAAAGGCGUUGACAGAGGAGAACGACUGUGUAGAGGCUUUCAAGAACGAUAUUGCCCUUAUUACUCAACAGCUUAUAGAGAACCAUCGCGUUAUCGUCACCAGUCACGACAACAUGUUGACGUACAAAUGCGCACUUGCAGCAGUUAACCAAAGAAACUACCAGCGUACUGACCAAUGCUUAGAAAUAAACAAUCCAUCCGACUGGAAACGGAUCAGCCCAGAAGAUGUCCAAUUUGUUCUAUUUCGCGAACCGUUCGGUAGGUCAACGUACGAUUCACAGAAGGUUGAAACAAUGCUAGAAGAAUUUGACAGUAUGUUGGACGCAGCAAAUGAUGAAAAUGACGAGGUUAUUGAUAUUAUCAUUGUUACCAACCAGAGACUCCUGAAUGAAGUGGCAAGACAGAAUGAGCAUGACAUGUUAUCUCCGGCGUCUACUGUUUAUAUAGAUACCACAUCGGGAAAUACUCCUGAAGAAACAUGUGCAACAGAAGAUCCAGUUUACAGAAAUCUUCUCGAGAAUUCUAGAAUACAUCGUCAGAGCUACGCAAGUAAGCCAGUUAACAAAAAAGUCAAAGCCGAGGCUGAAAACAUGUUUAUAGAUUACAGUGCGGUUGCCAUCGUCGGAUCUGCCGGAAGUGGAAAGACAAGCUUGUCGUUUGAGUUGCUGCCAAAAUACGAUCUCAGUAAUGGAGAAGAAAACUUUCUUGUCUUAAUGGAUCCAGGUGAACUGAAGUAUGUAAACUUUUCUUUACGACCUGUGAUAAUUAUCAAACCGUUGGCUGGGAUGGACUUCGACAAAGUUGAAGCAAGCAAAUGGUAUCGGCAGUUUGGCAGAUUGUUUAGCGCUGUACAGGAAAAGAAGGCUGCCGUUAUUAUUAUGAUGGAAACAGAGGUCUUCCGAAUGUGGGAAGCACAUAUGCGGACUCAUCCUUUGUUAGACCAUGUUGUGUACAUGGCGGGCAGUCGUGCGAAGGAGAUGGAGAAACAUAAACCAGACAACGUUCAAAAUGGAUUACAAACGGAGAAAACAAGUCAUUAUGAUAUAAUACCGAACAGUGCAUCGAGGGAUGUGAUAAGGUACGUCAAGUCUGUUCGAGAUUAUGAUAUCGGAUCAGAGGAAAUCUGUUCUUUUAUAGGUUGUUGUGUGUUACCUACAGGGCAUAUUUUAUUGGCUGACAAUUACAGUGAAAAACUAACAAAAACGGAUAGAAAUUAUAGGGUUCUCAAUACCAUUGAUUUGCCGGGACGUUAUACGGAUGUGUGUUAUAUUGAUAGUAAUGUGGCUGUAGUAGCACGGGUGAAUCUGAAACUGCAGUUUGUAGAUAUAACAGAAGGGUUGACCCUGACCAAAUCAGUGGAUACAGAACAUGCAUGUAAUGCUGUGGCCUGUCAUGGUAACAAGCUGUAUGUUAUAAACGUUGAUACCGUGCAUGUCUACACAACAGAUGGUGAAUAUCAAAACGUUCUUUAUACAGCAGAAUUUGACGAUGAUUAUAGUUAUUUCCGCUAUGUUGCCGUAAGUAAUGACGGUCGUAUGAUAUAUAUCUCAGACUAUAACAACGGUCUGGUUACUAUUGACAGCUCAGGAAAUCACUUAUAUACAUUGGCUGAUCUACCAAAUAAAUUAAUGAGAGGUGUAUGUAUGGAUGAUCAAGGUUAUGUUUACGUUCUUUGUUACGAUCGAGAGGACUGUGUAAUUAUGCAAGUAAGUGCAGACGGCAGGCAAACUCUCGGAACAGUACUUGAAUUUGAUGGUAAUUAUAACUGGAUACAGUUUGAUAAGAUGAACUCUGCCUUGUUAGUAGCAGGAAAUUCAAAGAAGUUAAGAGUUUUAACACUGCGUUAAUAACACAUUUCUACAUUGAAACAUGUUUGAAAUCCCUCAAUUCGAUUACUAGAGGUGUACUGGUCAGGAACCCAGGCAAUCCUUGCGUGUAUCAGUGUUAUACACUGGGCACGUUAAAGAACCAGGCUGUCUAUUCGCAACGAGCUAGACUAAGUUAGCCGGACAAGCCUGUAUCUGAUUUCUGAUCUCUCUGUCGUGGGGGCUUUGUCUCACUCUGUCCCUCCGGUCAGAUCGCUCUGUGUCUGUACUAGUAGAGGAUGAAUUAUGCGCCCUGUGUGGCUGCAUUGAACUAUGUAAAGCGCCUUUGAACGUGACAUUGGUCAUGAAAAGGGCGCUAUAUAAAUCUGGUAUAAUAUAUAUAUAAUAUAUUACGGCUAAAACAACAUUUAGUCUUGUCUGAUGUUGAAUGAAAGUUCUCAAUAAAAUUGCAUUUCACAUAUUUUAAUCAAUUUUAAACUACCCACAUGUGUUUAUUUAUGUAUGUGUGCAACAUAUUUGCAAAAAUGAAUGCAAUUGUUAUUAAUGAUAUCACAUAUUAUUAAGCAUGUAUGUACUAAAAUGAUUUAUUUACCCUUUAAUGCAGAGAUAAUAUUCACACUUUAUCUAUUUUCUGUA